AUGGCUCCCUGCAGUCGCCAGGCCGAUAGUCGAUCGACCUCUCGAUCUCCUUCACCAUCGGGCUCCAUCAAAAGUACCUUGUCGUCCUCAAGCACUCUUGUCUCGCCAACUCCGGAUUCCUCAUCACCGCUUCCUUCACCUUCCUCAGCAGUGGCAACCACCUCAUCCAUGUACAGUGCUUUGGGCACCCGCCCCCGCCGGUUAACACCGCCAUCACGACUUCUUGGUGCCAUCGAUGAAGACAGCUCUACCGUGCAGCCUGAUGUGCCGUUAUCGAGUGACAACGAGCAUAACCCGGUUGCCAAACUUCAUGUCUACGCUGCCGUAGUCAACUCAAGACAGAAGCCCACUCUCGCACCCAUGUCGAGUCCACCACUCGACGAGUUCGAUUGUGUGAUAGGGCCCCGUGGUGAGAGGUUUACCGACCUACGAAUGAACCGAAAACCCGUGGGAGUCAAGGGCUGGAAGCGAUUCAUGUGCUUCGGGUAA